AUGAAAUCCAACACCCACGUGACCGGGGACGUCGUCCCACCUUCCGAGGUCAAGGAUGUUGAGAUUGAACACCUCGAUGCCGUCGAGGCUGUCAUCAACAAACGCCUGAUUCGGAAGAUUGACUUCCGCAUCAUCCCGGUUCUCAUUCUUUUGUUCGCAUUCUCGCUUAUCGACAGGAAUAUCAUUGCCACAGCCAGAGUCGCGGGGAUGGGCAAAGACCUGGAUCUGGUGGGCAAUAGAUACUCUGUUGCCCUCCUGUCCCUCUUCCCUCUGUAUAUUCUCAUCGAGCUGCCGACGAAUUUCAUUCUAAGACGAAUCAGCGUCAAGGCUUUCUUCUUUGGAAUGGUAUUGUGCUGGGGUGUGGUGGCCCUGUGUCACGCCUUUGUGCAGACCUACCCGCAGCUGGUGGCAGUCAGGGUUCUCCUCGGCCUCUUCGAGGGCAGUUUCCAGCCCGUCUGCAUCUACAUCGUGUCCUCCUGGUACACGCGGUACGAAACGCAAAGACGUCUCGCAAUCUGGUUUGCCCUCGGACAGCUCAUCGCCGCGUUUUCCGGCAUUCUGUCGUACGGCCUUAGCACCCUGAAUGGCACCGGUGGCCUUGAAGGCUGGCGCUGGAUCUAUAUUGUCCCAGGAUUAAUCACCACGGUGCUGGCAUUUCCUCUCUGGUUCCUCAUCUCUGAGUUCCCGGAAAAGGCAAAGUGGUUGAAACCUGAGGAGUUGGCUCAAUUGAGGGCGUCGCUUUCCGAGGAUCGAGCAGAGAUUCUUGAAGAACAAAUGAAUAUGGCAAGAGCGCUCAAGGCCCUCAAAGACUGGAAAGUAUGGCUGCUCGCCAGCCUCUUGUUCUUCCUCACAUCAGCCGCCUACACCAUGAGCUUCUUUACGCCGACCAUUCUCAGCUCCUUGGGAUACAGCGUGGCUAUGAGCCAGAUUCUGGUCACGCCGCCGUAUAUCGCGGCGUGUUUGGCGAAUAUCACCACCGGCAUUGCCGCUGACAAGCUACACAUGCGUAGUCCGUUCAUCAUUGGCCACGGGAUUCUGACCAUGGUGGGAUUUGGCAUGAUAGGCUGGGGCCCGAACACCGGAGCUAAGAUGACCGGCAUAUACUUCUCUAUCAUCGGUUCCCAGUGCGCCAUCCCCGCGGUCUACACCUUUCUCGCAAACAACGUUGUCGGGACUACCAAGCGACAGAUAGCGGUGCCCCUACAGACCGUCUGGGGCGGCAUCGGGGGCAUAGCCGGCUCGGUGUACUUUCGACAACAAGACUAUCCACUCUACAGACCAGGCUUGUACGCAUCAUUUACUAGUCUCUCGCUCUGCUUGAUCUUGACUACGUUCCUGGCUAUCUACUUUUGGAGGGAGAAUCGCAAGGCUGAAAGGGACGGUAAGAUCUUGGAGGGUGUUCAGCACUUCCGAUACACCCUCUGA